AACAAAAUAGCAGGUAAGUGUAUGCCUUGGACAGUUUUAAUUGUUUAUACUGGCAGCACUGACAGAAUGUUUUUAAAACGGUUAACGAAUCUUUGACAGUAGGAGGAAGAAGAGAUUUUUUCCCAACGGAACAAUGUUCGCGUGGCGGGAAGUAAGUUGAAUAGAAAGAAAGAAGACCUGCGGGUUUAAAUCGGUGAGUGUUAGAAAUAUAAUCUCAUCUGUGAUUGUAUUAGAGAGAUGAAGGGAUAAUUAAGAAUGAAGAAUGAGAAUUAGAAUAGAAACAGCCAAGAAUAAGCCAAAUGGUUGUGAGUGGACAGGGUCGGGCUAUAAGGGGAGUUGUGGAGGCCCGCGGCGGAGAAAGAAUCUCCGCCAAACAAUCAGAAUAGAAUUUACGUUGUAUCAGAAUCUGAAAUGAGUAUAAAUUUGGAAAUCACUUCAUCUCUCACUCUGUAGUAUUAUGUUGUAUAUUUUCAGAUAUAUAUCUUGUCGUUAUGUCUCGUUAGAACUCAGGCAUGGUUGAUACUUUGGUUGUCAACCUUGCAUAUGUAUAGACGUCACGACAAAUUGGAGGAGAUGCUGUGCGAGCAUAUUAUUAGUAAGCGAAGCAUGUACAGUAGAACUUAUACCUUUUCGUUUGGCUCGGGAGGCUCCGAGGUAGAACGGAAAGGUGUUAGAACAGAACGGUGGAGACCAAGAAACUCACAGAACGGUGGAGACCUAGAAACUCACAGAAUGGUGGAGACCUAGAAACUCACAGGACGGUGGAGACCUAGAAACUCAUAGGACGGUGGAGACCUAGAAACUCACAGCACGGUGGAGACCUAGAAACUCAUAGGACGGUGGAGACCUAGAAACUCAUAGAAAGACUCAGAAGUUAGAUGUACGUUUCACAGUUAGACAUACAUGAGGUACAGAGUCCAUAGCCUAGGAAUCCUAGUUUGGUCUCACAUUAAUAGAACGUAUAUAUUUUUGUUGUCAUUUAGAAGAACCCUAUGCUAGGAAUCCUAGCUCGGGCUCAUUAAUAUAAUAUACAAAAGAAAACAAUAAAUACAAAAGGAAAAUGUGUGUUUUAUUUAAUUGUGAAUUUAUUUGAUGUAUUUACCAGCUAAUUAUUGUAUUUUGAAAUGAUGCGAUAUACGUAACGAUGUAUAAGUGUAAAGUAAAAUGUCACAGGUGUUGGAGAGUGUGAAGUCGAUAUAAAAAUCGAUAAGAGUUGUAGGCGAAAAAACGCCUCAUGUUCGUUAGGUUGGCAGCAGUGUGAUGGUUUGUUCUUGUUACCAUAAAUUUAUCCUAACAAGAUCUAAGCGUUUCUUAUUGGCCAAUUUAGAAAUUAAGGUUAUGUUAUUGGUUAUUAAGGCCUAUGAUUACCAGAUGACAUAUGGAUUUGUAAAUGGAAACGUACUUGUCAGCUUUGGCGCUCUUUUAAUCUAAGGAUAACUUCAGACGGAUGUUUUGUAUGAAAAUGUUUGGUCUGAAGUCAGGGUAUGAAUGUUCGCAAUCGUGAUAAAAGUAUAGAAAAAGAAAAAAGAAAAAACAUGGCUUGGCUAAGAUUGUUAUUGUUUGCAAGCGUUAUUUAGAUUAGUGGUUAUUGUAUUGUAAGUAAUCUUAUCGUGAAAGCGUAAUAAGUAUAGUUAACCACGGAAGAUACACUGGGCCAUUAUUGUGCUAUAGGCAUAUUUGUGGAUAAUCAAAGGAAGCAAGGAUAUAAACUACGUUCAAAAUGGAUGACGCCAUGCUAGUUCGUCUGGAGCUCAUCCAUGAGCGGCUAGCCAACUUGUUGAAGCAAAGCGCCGCCAUGGAAACUGUCACUGAAGAUGAUCUCAAUAAGCAGAUCCAAAAGGUUGAGGAGUGCAAUUCCAAACUGACGGAUGAAAUUCAUUUUUAUUUGGAGAAAAGUAGUCGAACAUCAAGCGAAAGUUUGAAAAUGUUCACCCAGACGCAGUUUCAAGCAGAAGAAUGGAAAGUAGAGAUGAAAGGUCUUAUAAAAGGUCACUCUUCGGUCACAAAGAGCACAGCCAAACUGCCGAAACUCACGUUACCAACUUUUAAAGGAGAUACUCUUAGGUGGGCCGAAUUUUGGGAUAGAUAUAAGAGUAAUGUACAUGACAAGGACUUACCAGAUUCUGAAAAGAUGGCAUAUCUUCUCGGCUGCCUGGAAGGGGAGGCUCUUCAGACAGUGGAGGGCCUCGGUAUAACAGCAAGGAAUUAUGACGUAACAUUAGGAAUUCUAAAAGAAAGAUUUGGGAACCAGCAAAAGGUAAUUGAUGCGCACUACGAUGCCAUCAACAACCUUCAAAGAGCAGCGCAUAAUGCCACAGACUGUAGAACGAAUUUCAACAUAGUAGAGAGGCAUUUGAGAAUUCUCCAAAGCUUAGGGGAAGUCAUAAAUGGUAACCAUUUAAGAUCGGCUAUAUUGUCCAAAUUCCCAGAGAAGGUAGUUUAUGAGUUGCACCUAUUAACAUUGACAGACAACAUAGAUAACAUACGAAGCGGUCUCCAAAAAAUAAUUACAGCAAUGGAGAUUGCGAAAGAAAGCGUUCCAAGUAGUAGUGAAAAAAUCUCCACAGCUGCACUACAUAUUUCUGCCUACCAGCGGAAAGGGAGGCCGGAUAGCAGGAGGAUAUCACACAAAAAAGGAACCCUUAAAAGAAAACUACCUGACACGGAAAAGACGUCGAAAAAUAAGAAAGCUAAGAUGGCUUGCAUUUUUUGCCAAGGCGAGCACUACAAUGCAUCCUGCACAGUGGUUAAGGAUAUAAAUGAUAGGAAAAAGAAGCUCGGCAAAAGAUGUUACACUUGCUUCAAGGAAGGGCAUAGAGCAACAACAUGCCACAAUAGGAAGCCGUGCUACUUCUGCAAAGGAAGUCAUAAUCAAGCUUUAUGUCCACAAAAGCCAGGUAGGAGUAAUAAUAAUAUAGAAUUAUCUAUGGCAUCUGUGUCAUCAUCUAAAAAUAAUGACAUCAAUAUUAAACAUAAUAAUUGUUCUUACCCACAGACGGCAAUAGUGGAGGUGGGGCAGAAGAACUCAAAAAAGACUAAGACACGAAGACUGAUUCUUGACAAUGGCAGUGGUCGCAGCUAUAUUACCAGGAAGCUUGCACAAGAACUUGACUUAGCAGCAGAUCAGGAAGAUGAAUUGAUGGUAUUUGUCUUCGGUGCUGACGACCCCGUUAACAUUUCCAGCCCAUCCGCUGACAUCCAAAUCAGAACAAGAAGAGGUAUCAGAAGAGAUAUUCGAGUAAACAUUGUGCGCCGUAUAGCGAAUUAUCUUGGUCCUCCCAUGAGUAUGGAUGGAAUUCAUGGAGUAGAUGUUAUAGCUGAUGACGGGUCUGCUAGUGAAGAACCACAACUUUUGAUAGGUGGUGACUAUUGUUAUUCAUUUUACAGAAAAGAAAUGAUAUUGCUGAAGGAUCACUUAUAUUUAAUUAACACAGAUUUUGGCUGGACAAUUGCCGGCAAGGUCCUACAAGAAGAGAAUAACAAUACACUAUCUGUCAUCAUGUACUGCCAAUGCCAAGAUUCAGUAAUACCCUAUUUUGUAACACCAGACUUGCCACUCCGGGAACCAGACAUCAGGUUUCUUUGGGCCUUAGAAAGUAUUGGGAUUGUAGACUCUCUUAAAAUAACUAGAGAGGAAGAAGCAAUCAAACAUUUUAACGAAACGGUCAAAUAUGAGGAUAAGAGAUAUCAGGUGAAGUGGCCCUGGAUAAUAUACCCACCUGACUUGCCCACUAAUUAUGGUCUUGCUUAUGGGAGACUGUCGAGCUUAAUUAGAAGAUUAGAACAAGAUGCCAUGGAAGAGUAUGAAAGCAUUCUGAAAGAACAACUGGCCGCAGGGGUUAUAGAAGUUAUAGAUCCUUCGGAAAUUGAUUCUAAGACACAUCCUGUUCACUAUCUUGCCCAUCAUAUUAUCCUUCCGAAGGGAAAGAAAGGGCGUGUGGUGUACGAUGGUUCAGCUAAACUUAAGAAUAGUAAGAGCCUCAAUGAAUGCAUGUACAGAGGACCUUCGAUGCUUGAAGACUUGACCGCUCUCCUUUUGAGAUUCAGAGUCAACAAAAUUGGAAUAACAGCAGAUGUUGAAAAAGCCUUUCUUCAAGUAGGGUUACAACAGGAGGAUAGAGACGUGACCAGGUUUUUAUGGCUUAAGGACCCCAAACAAGGAGUGACUGAGAAGAACCUUCUCCAUCUGCGCUUCUGUCGUGUCCCGUUUGGGGUAAUAUCUAGCCCAUUUUUGUUGACGGCUACGAUUCGACAUCAUUUGUCAAAGGGGGACCAGAACCUUAUGUCGAAAAUAGCAGAAAGAACCUACGUGGACAACCUAGUCACUGGAACAGACACGUUAGAGGAAGCUCGUGAUCUUGUAAACAAGGCUAGGGCGACGUUCACAGAAUUGUCGAUGAAUAUAAGAGAAUGGACAUCCAACAACAAACUAUUGUUGAAAAGUAUACCAAAACAGUUUCGAUCAAAAGACACUGAAUCAACAAAGGUAUUAGGACUCAACUGGCACAUGGGAAAGGAUACACUGAAGCUAAGGGUAGGUGAUGUGCUCUCAGACACAAAGCAAGACAAAACAACUACAACAAAACGAGGAAUAUUGCGAACUCUUGCUUCAUUAUAUGAUCCUUGCGGAUUAGCGGCACCCUUAAUUUUGCCUGCGAAGCUCCUCCUUCAAGAAUUAUGGAAAAGGAAAGAAAAAUGGGAUUCUCAAUUGCCAGAGGACUUAGAGGAAGAAUGGCAGAAGGCAGUAAGUGCUAUAAAGACUGCGGCUGAAAUAGAAAUUCCUAGACAUGUUGGCCUGUCACCAAAUGAAGACACAGAAUGUGAACUUCAUUGCUUCACUGACGCAUCUAAAAGAGCCUACUCAGCUGUAGUAUAUCUGAGGUUAGUAAAUGAGAAAGAAAAGAGCACUAAAGUGAUGUUCAUCAUGGCUAAAUCUCGGGUUACCCCGAUAAACCACACAGAAGACCUCAAAAUACCAAAAUUAGAAUUACUUGGAUUUGUCAUCGGAAAGCGACUCUUAACUUAUGUAAAGAGCACCCUUAGAAUAGAGUUGAAACGACUAUGCCUUUGGUCCGACAGUGAGAUAGUUUUAUACUGGAUGAAAUCAGAAAAGUUAUUGCCGCCAUUCGUCUGCAGAAGAAUAAACGAAAUUAAACAAAAUAAAGAUAUAGAGCCUAGAUAUGUCAAUACAGAAUUGAACCCUGCAGAUCUAGCAACACGACCGGAACUUUGGCACACGAAGAAGGAAUUGUGGUUCAAUGGACCUCAAUUUCUUUCGCUGAGUGAGGAGGGCUGGCCGAAGUUGCAAGAACACAGCCAGUCAGCUCUUUUCGCAGGAACCGAUUCGACAACGGAUACCAUGGAGAUGGACCUAUCAUCUCAAGCAGAAGAAUCAAUCGGAGGAACCAUAGAACAGGAAAAUACGGAAGGAAUGACAAUAGAUAUAGAGAAUAUAGAAGACAAUGGCCAGAUGCAGGUUUCGGCUACCGGGGUUGAUACAAAUUGCACAGAGAUAAAGAAUUUACAAAAAUUAUACUUUCCACAAGAGGCAGCAGGAAAGAAAACAAGCCUAUCAAGGAAUUUAGGACUAUUUGUGGAUAUGGAUGGAUUAUUAAGAUGUAAAGGUCGGCUUAUGAACACAAUGUGUUCAUAUGACACCAAAUAUCCGAUACUGAUACCUAAGAACUCAGAAUUUACAGACAGACUGAUCCUGGAGACUCAUCAGAAGUACUACCAUGUGGGAGCCCCACAUACACUAAGCAUUAUUCGCCAGAAAUACUGGAUUCCUCAAGGAAGAGCUAAGGUCCAGCGAAUAAUUAGAAAAUGCCAGCAGUGUAUUAAACACGGAGGUGGUCCCUACAAACUUCCGCCCACACCAGCACUGCCAGCAGAACGUGCUAAUUAUAGUGCUCCUUUCACAUAUACCGGAAUCGACUAUUUCGGGCCAAUCUUUGUCACGGAGGACGGACACAUGAGAAAAAGAUGGAUUUGUCUGUAUACAUGUCUGGCUGUACGCGCAAUUCACAUGGAAGUAGUUAAGGAUUUAACUGCAGAGGAAUGUUUACUUGCAAUGAGAAGAUUCAUAUCUACACGAGGAAAACCAGAACUCAUAGUCUCGGACAAUGCAUUACAGUUUAAAUUAACUGCAGAAUUAUUGGCGAACACAUACUUCGUGGACAAUAAGAUAAGGUGGAAAUUUAUCCCUCAGCUCAGUCCAUGGCAUGGAGGGUUUUACGAAAGGCUGGUCGGCGUUGUGAAGAAUUGCAUGAAGAGAACCUUAGAGAAGAGAGUUCUAAAUGACUCACAGCUAGGUACAGUUGUGAAAGAAAUCGAAGCUGUGGCGAACUCACGUCCACUUACUUGUGUUGGGUCUGAUAUAGAAUAUGUUUUAGGGCCGGCAGACUUUCUAACCUACGGGAAAUGUAUAGCGAUUGAACCUUCUAUACAAAAUCCGCAUCCAGGUGGUACAGUCACAAAAGAAAAUCUAAUUGAAGGAUGGAAGAAGGGUAGAGUGAUCCUAGAAGAAUUUAAAAGAAUGUUUCUGGGACAAUACCUUUGCAGUCUACGUGAAAGGUACCAACAUUCACACAAGGAACCCCGAGUUAAAACUAACCAAAGCCCUCAUAUUGGUGACAUAGUCCAGAUUAAAGGUGACUCUAAAAAUAGAGAGAACUGGAAGGUGGGAAAGAUCAUCAGUUUAGAACGAGGUGCCGACGGAGAGUGCAGAGUUGCAAAGGUCAAUGUUGAAGGAAAGGAAUUUAUAAGGUCGAUAGGUCACUUAUAUCCACUAGAGGUGGAAGAAGAUACACUAGAAGAUCCAAGAACCGAAGAAAGAAUCCUAGAAAAUCCAGAUGUAAGGGAGACAGAGGAAUCUUCACUACAGGAAAUCCCAGAGAUAUCUGAAAGAGAAACCAGAUGUCCUGAAAGGGAAUCAACAGAACAGAUGCCACAAGAAAUUGCAGUAGAGGAUGAUGUUAGAUUGGAAACCAAUGGUUCAGACGAAAUGCUCACUCCCGUAGAACGUGUGCAGAGAAAUGGCAGUGUUGAGCGUGCUAACGUGGUGACUGAAGGUGACGAAGAGGUAGAGAGAGUAGAAACUGUGUCAAAUGCGAAUGAAGAAAGAAUUAGGAGAGCAGCUGCUGUCCGGGCGAGAGAAAGGAUUGCCCAAUGGACUAGCCAGCUGAUAGCCCUGCUAUAGAAACUCGCGCCGCUGGGGAAUGUCGCGACGUACGCGAUCCUCAACAAAAUAGCAGGUAAGUGUAUGCCUUGGACAGUUUUAAUUGUUUAUACUGGCAGCACUGACAGAAUGUUUUUAAAACGGUUAACGAAUCUUUGACAGUAGGAGGAAGAAGAGAUUUUUUCCCAACGGAACAAUGUUCGCGUGGCGGGAAGUAAGUUGAAUAGAAAGAAAGAAGACCUGCGGGUUUAAAUCGGUGAGUGUUAGAAAUAUAGUCUCAUCUGUGAUUGUAUUAGAGAGAUGAAGGGAUAAUUAAGAAUGAAGAAUGACAAUUAGAAUAGAAACAGCCAAGAAUAAGCCAAAUGGUUGUGAGUGGACAGGGUCGGGCUAUAAGGGGAGUUGUGGAGGCCCGCGGCGGAGAAAGAAUCUCCGCCAAACAAUCAGAAUAGAAUUUACGUUGUAUCAGAAUCUGAAAUGAGUAUAAAUUUGGAAAUCACUUCAUCUCUCACUCUGUAGUAUUAUGUUGUAUAUUUUCAGAUAUAUAUCUUGUCGUUAUGUCUCGUUAGAACUCAGGCAUGGUUGAUACUUUGGUUGUCAACC